CUCUCACACACAACACAGAGAGAGAGAGAGAGAAUUUUUGGCUCUUUAUCCUCCUCUCUUUCUUGCCACUCUCACUCAUAUGCUUCCUCAAGCAUGGUAAAUAAGUGUGCUUUCUUUGUUUUCAUGUGCUCUCUCAGCAAAAGUGAGAGCCCAUGAAAUGAAACAAGUGUGAUCUUUCAAGAGAGGCAAUGGAGAAUAAGUGUGGGUGUUGGGCUGUUCUCAGGCGCGGUGUAAGAGGCGCCUGCAAAAGCUCUGAUUCAAGAAACUCCGCCAAUAGCAUCCCCAGAAGCAGUCUUGUUUAUGAUGCUGCUACUGAGACUCGAUACCUUAACGCCAGCAACCGGGAAAUGUGUGCUCCAGAUGAAGCUCAAAACUCAUCUGAAGUUCCCAAUUCAGAUCCACUACCCUUAGAGAAGAAAGCGCCACACCAACUGCUCCAAUUUAGUUUUCAGGAGCUAAAAGCGGCCACCGGAAAUUUUAGGCCUGAUAGCAUUCUUGGGGAGGGUGGUUUCGGAUAUGUUUUUAAAGGGUGGAUAGAGGAGAAUGGGACGGCACCGGCGAAGCCCGGUUCAGGAAUAACAGUUGCAGUCAAGAGUUUGAAGCCCGAUGGUCUUCAAGGCCAUAGAGAAUGGGUGGCAGAGGUAGAUUUUCUUGGACAGCUUCAUCAUCCUAAUCUCGUUAAGCUUAUUGGAUAUUGCAUUGAAGAUGAUCAAAGGUUACUUGUCUAUGAAUUCAUGACUCGUGGAAGCCUCGAAAAUCAUCUAUUUAGGAGGACCAUACCUCUUCCAUGGUCAAACAGGAUCAAAAUUGCACUUGGAGCAGCCAAAGGCCUAGCCUUCCUCCAUAGUGGUCCGGAACCUGUCAUUUACAGAGACUUCAAGACAUCAAACAUUUUGCUUGAUUCGGAAUAUAAUGCAAAGCUUUCUGAUUUCGGUUUGGCAAAAGCUGGUCCACAAGGAGACAAAACUCAUGUUUCUACAAGGGUUGUUGGAACAUAUGGCUAUGCUGCACCCGAAUAUGUUAUGACAGGACACUUGACUUCAAAAAGUGAUGUUUAUAGCUUUGGGGUUGUGCUCUUGGAAAUAUUAACCGGCAGAAGGUCGAUGGACAAAAAAAGGCCCAGCGGAGAACAAAAUCUUGUUACGUGGGCACGUCCAUAUUUAUCCGACAAGCGAAAGGUUUAUCAGCUUGUCGACCCUCGCCUGGAACUGAAUUACUCAAUCAAAGGUGUACAGAAGGUGUCUCAAUUAGCUCACAAUUGCCUGAGCCGGGAUACUAAAUCCCGCCCAUCCAUGGAUGAAGUUGUGAAAGUUCUGACACCAUUGCAAGAACUCAAUGACCUCGCCAUACUAUCUUACCACCACAGCCGUUUUUCUCAAGCAGGCAGGCGCAAGAAGAAACCAGAUGGCAUGCAUCAACUCAACAGUAACCAGUCUAAGAGUAUAAGAGAUUCCCCACUAAUAUCCAGUAAAAGCCAUUGUAAAUAAGGAAUGCUGUUUCCUUCUUCUAACCUUGCUCGUUUCUUGAAGUGAUAACAGUUGGAAGAUACCAGCUCCGGAGAUAUGUUAAGUUGCGUUUAUAUAUAAUAGCUGCCGGUGUUUGUGGUGUAAGAGUUUUCUGAAUGCUUUUAGUGUGAAAAAUUUCUGAGCACGACGUAA